AUGGCUUUAGAGUUACGAACUAUGAAUUCUUCUCCAACCACAGAAGCUGCUGUUCCAUUCCCAAUCUUCAAAAACCAACAACAGAAUCAAAAGAAGAAUCUUGAGCAACAGAAACACGAGUCUCUGGUUAAUAAGAAAAAACGAUCAAAACGACCGCGGAUUAGUAAUCCACCCACCGAAGAAGAAUACCUCGCUCUUUGUCUCAUCAUGCUCGCUCAAGGGAACACCAACAACACCAACGAGAGUCUAUCUCAUCAACAAACUGAAUCAUCAUCUUCACAAUCACAACAACAACAGAAUCAAACAUCUCCACCGCCACCGCCACCGGUGAAGCUGAAUCACAGGUGCACCGUCUGCAACAAAGCUUUUCCCUCUUAUCAAGCACUUGGCGGCCACAAAGCCAGCCACCGCAAAUCCUCGUUAGAAAACCAAUCCACCACCGUCAACGACACCGCCACCGCCAUCCUCUCAACCGUCUCCACCACCGGAAAGAUGCACGAGUGUUCCAUCUGUCACAAGAGUUUCCCUACCGGUCAAGCUCUCGGUGGACACAAACGGUGCCACUAUGAAGGAGUUAUCAACAAUAACAACAACAGCAACAACCACAACAAUCACAGCAGUAACAAUCAAAAUAUCAGUACCAGCAACAACGCCAACGCUAAUAACAGCAGUAACAUCACAAUCUCUGACGUUACCGCCGCGUCCUCCUCCACCAGUCACCGCGGCUUUGACCUCAACCUUCCUGCACCUCUCACUGAAUUCUGGUCUCCGGUAGGAUUCACCGCUGGUGAUUCCAAGAAGACCAAACUUAACGUCAAUCUCGCCGGAAAUAAUGAACAAGAGGUGGAAAGUCCGUUACCGGUAACCGCCAAACGUCCGCGUUUGUUUUCCGAUGAAGACAAUGAUGAAACGGUGUAG